AGAAAUAACAAUAUAAUAAAAAGUGGGACAGAGAGUGGCACAGGGUGUGGGACAGAAGAUUCGUUGCGCAAAAACUUGCUCCGAUCUGUGGUGUGGUGGUGAUUGAAGCCGAAGUUACCUAAAUUUUUCCUUAAAAAAAAAAAAAAAAAGAAACUGUCCGUUCUACAUUUCCUCUUGGGCCAAAACUUUGCGGAAAGUUGAAAGCAAGAUGAACGAAAUUAUAGUAAUUAGUUUCACUAUAGUAAUUUCCUAAAUUGCUGGCACGACAAAAAUUGUAGUUGUCCUAAAUUUUUGGGUCAAGUAAUUAGUUGUCCACUUAGAAUUAGAAUCCUUAAGAUUAGAUUAAAGACCUACUGUGACGAUGUAGUCCACUUAGGAUUAUAUAGAACUGAAAUCCUAAGAUUAAUUUUAGAGAUUAUAACCGCCAUAAUUAUCUGCAAACUUUUCCUAGUGAAAACAAAAUCCAUUCCUACAUCGGUAUCGCGUCGUUUGUCCUAUAAAUAAACAACCUUUAGUUUCACUGCCUCCUGUCCUAUAAAUAAUUACCACUACUUCGUUUUUCAAAACCUUGGAGGUAAUCCUCGACUCAAGAAACUGAGAAAAGCCGUAGAUCAUUUUGUCAGUCCUGAAAAAGAAAAUCGUGCUCAACAAAGCCUUUUAGCAGCAUAGCAUCGAUCAGCAUCAAGGAUGCCGAAAGGAUCUCACAGGAACCCGAAUUCCUUAACUUAUUCUCAUCGACAAAAGGGCAUCUCCUUACGAUGUCAACUCAAGCAAUAAUCAUCGCAGAAGUUGCAAGAACAAGUUAAUAAACAGUACUAGUUCUGAGGAAAAGUGAGAGGAAGACUCAGAGUGGAAAGAAGCAAGAUGCCCCAUAUGCAUGGAUCAUCCGCAUAACGCUGUGCAGUUAAUUUGUUCAUCCCAUGAAAAAGGCUGUAAACCCUUCAUCUGUGACACAAGCUACCGCCAUUCAAAUUGCUUCUAUCAGUUCUGUAAGGUGCAUGGACUAACCCCAUCAAAACCAACUUCUGAUCAUCAGCCAAACGGGUUUUCACCCCUUGAAAACAGGCAGGUUCGGGAACUUCUCUGCCCUCUUUGUCGGGGGAACGUUAGCGGAUGGACUGUGGUACAAGCUGCUCGUGCGUACAUGAACUCGAAGAUACGAAGUUGUGCUCUGGAAUCGUGUGAUUUUUCAGGGAAUUAUGUUGAAUUAAGGAAGCAUGCUCGGCUUCAGCAUCCAUCAGCAAGGCCGGUGUCCGUGGAAUAUGAUGAUGGCGAUGAUAAUAAUGGCGCCGACGAUGAUGGUGUUGUUAUUAUUGUCAUGUCUCACUGGGAGAGAAAUCGACGCGCUCGAGUUCUUCGAAUAAUUUGUGUGUUCUUUUAGUUAAUAGGAGGAUGAUUAGUUAUGUCAUUAAAUAAUUGCUUAGAUUUAUCUUUUGUCUUAGGACUUAGAAAUUGUUACUAGUACUGACAGUGCCGGCCUACUGGGACUGGGAUUGUGUUCAUUCUGCCCUUGCAAAAACACUAGGGGUGUUUUUUAAAUAUUUUAAAGUAC